CGAUAAGUUCGUUUUCACGUAGUAAUUUUUUAAAAAAUGAUUUGCUUAGCAAUCUUUCUGUUCGCUUUUUCUAAUAUUAGAAAUGAUCUAAAUUCUGAACAUUUCAAUCGAGGGAAUUCUGAAGUGGUGGAUUCGACCGAUGUUGAUUCCUCAUUGCUGUGGCCAGGAGGAAUCGUGCCAUACGUAAUUGAAGAUGACCUGCUAAGAUCUAACAAAGCUAGACGGUUAAUAAAUUCGGCCAUGUUGAGCUUUCAUAGAUAUAGUUGUGUUCGAUUUAAAUAUAAAACCAACGAAAAAAACUACGUGAAAAUUUUUAAAGGUCGUGGUUGUUAUACGAUGAUAGGCCGACAUAAAGGAGAACAACCAUUGUCACUCGGAGACGAUUGUCUUCAUCUUGGAACCAUAAUUCACGAAUUGAACCACGUUCUUGGAUUCUACCACGAACACAAUCGACCCGACAGAGACGAAUACAUAAAAGUAAAUUGGAAAAAUAUAGAAUCAGAUAAGAGGUCGCAGUUCAGUAAGAAUUUACCAUAUCAAGUGAGACCAUUCAAUGAAUUUGAUUAUAAUUCCAUAAUGCUGUAUGGAGAAACGUUAUUUUCGAAGAAUGGGCACAGCAAAACUAUAGAAGCUACUAAACCGGGUGUGAGACUCGAUGAGAUCGACAAUAAACCAGGGCUGAGUAAAAGUGAUAUCGCUCGUAUAAAUAACUUAUAUAAGUGUACUAAAAUAUGGAUUGAUUAA